CCGCAGUCAAUAAUCAAAAUAAAGUGUUUUUUGCAGCAAAAAGUCACUGCAAUUGACACCCUUUUCCCCCCUCUAAAAAACCCAAAAACUCACACACUGUAAUUCUUGUUCUUGGGUUCUUGAUUACAUAAAGAUUGAAUCUUUAUUAACAUAAAUACCAAGAAAUUGAAUGCAAUAGACACCCUUCCCCCUUUAAAAAACCCAAAAGUUUACACACAAGCACACACAGUAAUUCUUGUUCUUGGGUUCUUGAUUAUAUAAAGAUUGGAUUUUUAUCAUCUUGAAUACCAAGAAAUUGAAUGCAGUAGACACCCUUUUGGCCCCUCUAAAACCCCACAAAAUUUCAAAGAAAGUGAAUAUAUGCAUACAUAUAUUCUUGGUUCUUGAUUGUAUGAAAGAUUGCAUCUUUUUCAAUAUUGGGUAGCUAUGGUGAUGAGUUAUCAGCAAGAAACUAUAUGGGCCAGUGUUAUUGAGCUUACAAAAUUGGCUCAGCAUAAACUUACUGACCCGUUGACAUGGGCUGUUCAGCUUUCAUCAAGUCUUUCAUCAGCUGGAGUUUCUUUACCGUCAAUUGAAGCUGCUAAGUUGAUUGUUGAUUAUAUUUGUUGGGAAAAUAGUGUGCCCAUUACUUGGAAAUUUCUUGAAAUGGCUUUGAGUAUGAAGAUUUUGCCUCCCAUGCUUGUUCUUGCACUUCUUUCUGUCAGGGUAGUUCCAUGUCGAAGAAGGCAACCUGCUGCUUACAGGAUUUAUAUGGAACUCCUUAAAAGACAUGGAUUUUCUUUGUCAUCUCAAAUCAAUGGUCAACACCAUCUAAAGAUCAUGGAAUCUGUUGACGAUGUUCUUCAUCUUUCCAAGAGUUUUGGCCUUGAGGCACGUGAGCCAGGGAUUCUUGUAGUUGAAUUUGUUUUUUCAAUUGUAUGGCAGUUAAUCGAUGCCUCACUGGAUGACGAAGGUUUGCUAGAACUUGCACCUAGGAAAGAUUGUAAGUGGCCGAUUAAGUCACAAGAUAUGGAGAUUGACGAUAAUAAUUACUUUGAUGAAAAGACAGCAGAACGUCAUGAGGGAUUACGCAAAAUGAACACAUUAUUGGCUAUAGAAGUAACUGGAGAUUUAUUCCGUGAUAAAGUUACUUCCAGGAUACUUUACUUGGCACAAAGGAACAUGCCAGCCAAUUGGGAAUCUUUCAAAGAGGGCUUGAAGAUACUUGCAGCUAAGUCAUCUGCAUUGAGAAUAUCUAAAAAUAUUACGGCUGAUGCUCUUUUGCAACUGACAUCUGACGCACAUAGAGUUUUCGCCCGGGAUUGUAACAGAAGUUCGCAUCAACAGUUUCAUGCUGUUAUGGCUUCUAGUUUACUUAUAUUUUCUUCUGCACAGUGUCGUGGUGCGACACAUUCUGCACUUUGGCUUCCUAUCGAUAUAUUUCUAGAAGAUACUAUGGAUGGGUCACAAGUUGUGGCUACAAGUGCCACUGAGACAGUUAUUGGUUUGGUGAAGGCUCUUAAGGCAGUUAAUCAGACCACAUGGAAUGAUGCAUUUCUUGGUCUAUGGAUAGCAGCUUUACGUCUUGUGCAAAGGGAAAGAGACCCUAGCGAGGGUCCAGUUCCUCGAUUAGACACAUGCUUAUGCUUGUUGUUGUCGAUAACUCCACUGGCUAUUAUAAAUAUUAUCGAGGAAGUGGAGAAUUCUGCAAUUGAUGAAGCUGAGCACUGUCCUACGAAUAAAAAGAACGGGAAACAAGUUCGUGGAGAUAUUCGGAAUGACUUGAUUUCUAGCGUGCAACAAUUGGGCCAUUACGAAGGCUUGCUUACUCCACCAGGAUCAGUGAGUUCAGUUGCAAACCAAGCUGCUGCAAAAGCAAUGAUGUUUCUUUCAGGCCUAACAGUUGGUAGUGGCUACCUUGAUGGUGUAACAUUGUGUGACAUGCCAGUCAGUUGUGCUGGAAACAUGCGUCAUCUAAUUGUUGAGGCAUGUAUAGCAAGGAACCUUUUAGACACAUCAGCAUAUACGUGGCCGGGCUAUGUCAACGGACGCAGCAAUGAAAUACCUCGUAGUGUUACUGGCCAGAUGCCUGGCUGGCUAUCAUUAAUGAAAGGCUCCCCUUUAACUCCAUCCCUUAUAAGUGCUUUGGUUAAGACUCCAGCUUCUAGCUUAUCAGAAUUAGAGAAGGUAUAUGAGAUUGCUAUCAAUGGCUCAGACGAGGAGAAGAUAUCGGCAACAACAAUUCUCUGUGGAGCAUCUCUUACUCGUGGUUGGAAUAUACAGGAGCAUACCGUUGUUUUUAUAACAAGGCUAUUGUCACCUCCAGUUCCUGCAGAGAAUUCGGGUGGAAGCUACCUAAUACCAUGUGCACCAUAUUUGAAUGUGAUUUUUCUCGGAGUGACAACUGUCGAUUGUGUUCAGAUAUUCUCCAUACAUGGAUUGAUCCCGGAACUUGCUGGUGCUUUAAUGCCCCUAUGCGAGUUCUUUGGAUCCUGCUCCCCGAGUAUCUCUUGGACUCUGAAAUCAGGAGAGGAGUUGACGCCUCAUGCUGUGUUCUCCAAUGCCUUCACCCUUCUUUUGAAAUUGUGGAGAUUUUAUCAGCCUCCUCUCGAACAUGUGAUGGCAGAUAAAGCUCUGGUUGGUACCCAGAUGACUCCUGAGGACCUCUUACAUGUAUGCAACUCCCGAUUAGCAUCAGUAGGAAAUUCACGUCAGGAGCCGACCAAGAGAUUGUCAAGGCUUACAAGUAUGCCAUCUACAGAACCGAUUUUUAUGGAUUCUUUUCCCAAGCUCAAACUUUGGUAUCGCCAGCAUCAAGCAUGUAUUGCAUCACCUCUUUCUAGCCUUGUACCUGGGACGCCUGUUUACCAGAUUUUUGAUGGACUCCUGAACAUGAUGUUUAGAAAAGUAAAUAAAAGUGGUCAACCCUUAACUCCCACGACUUCUGGGAGUAGUAAUUCAUCUGGUUCUGCAGUUGAAGAUAUCUCUCUCCGUAUUAAGGUACCAGCUUGGGAUAUUCUGGAAGCUGUUCCAUUUGUGCUUGAUGCUUCUUUGACUGCCUGUGCCUAUGGGAAAUUGUCACCCCGAGAACUGGCAACAGGGCUCAAGGACCUUGCUGAUUUUCUUCCUGCAUCCUUGGCAACCAUUGUAAGUUACUUUUCAGCUGAAGUGACCCGAGGUCUCUGGAAGCCUGCCUCUAUGAAUGGAACUGAUUGGCCUAGCCCUGCUGCCAAUUUAGCAAUGAUUGAACAACAUAUACAUAAAAUUUUGGCUGACACUGGGGUAGAUGUACCAAGUCUUGGGCCAGUUGGGAGCGCUCCUGCUACUCUUCCUUUGCCACUGGCUGCUCUUGUAAGCCUCACAAUAACCUACAAACUCGAUAGGGAAACUGAUCGUUAUCUAAACCUUGUUGGUCCUGCCUUAAAUACACUUGCUGCUGGUUGCCCGUGGCCAUGCAUGCCCAUCAUAGCAUCUCUAUGGGCUCAAAAGGUGAAGCGUUGGAGUGACUUUCUUGUUUUCUCUGCAUCGAAUAACGUGUUCCAACAUGAUAGCCAGGCAGUAGUGCAGCUUCUCAGAGUCUGCUUCAGAUCCACUCUUGGGCUAAAUUCCUCUCCCCUAUUAAACAGUGGUGGUGUUGGAGCCCUUCUUGGUCAUGGUUUUGGCUCUCAUAUUUCUGGGGGACUUGCUCCGGUUGCCCCUGGAAUACUCUAUUUGCGCGUCCACCGAUCUGUACGGAAUGUUAUGUUUAUGUCAAAAGAAAUUGUUACCCUUCUAAUGGAUUCUGUGAAAGAUAUUGCUACCAGAGGAUUGCCUACAGAGAAACCAGAGAAGCAGACAAACGCCAGGCACGGAAUGAGAUUCAAUGAGGUCUCUCUUGCUGCAGCGAUGGCACGGGUCAAGCUUGCAGCUACAUUAGGGGCUUCAAUAGUUUGGAUAACAGGUGGAGCAGACUUUGUUCAUUCUUUAAUCAAAGAAUACUUGCCUACAUGGUUUAUAUCGGUACAUGAGUCGGCUCAUGAAAAAGGAGAAUCAGAGGGAAUCCUCGCGAGGCUAAGAGGUUAUGCUCUUGCCUACUUCUCAAUGCUUUCCGGAACAUUUGCACUGGGUAUAGGCUCGGCAAUAACUGCGCCUAAACGACGACCACAUGUUCUUGGGAAACACUUGGCAUUUAUAGCGAGUGCUCUCGAUGGGAAGAUAUCCCUUGGCUGUUGCGAGGCAACAUGGAGAGCUUACGUCACAGGGUUCGUAACCUUGAUAGUCGGAUGCGCUCCUGCAUGGAUGCUGGACGUAGACAUAAAAAUCUUGAAGAGUUUAAGCAAUGGCUUGCGGAAGUGGGGCGAGGAAGAACUCGAUCUGGAUUUACUCGCUGUUAGUGGCAGUCGUGCAAUGGGUGCUGCCGCUGAACUGAUAAUCGAGAAUCGAUUUUGAAGUUGCGUUAGUUAGAAGAUGAUAGAUCUGUUCUAUAGAUUCGAGUAGGAAUAGUCUAAUGUACAAAAAUGUAGAAUAUUUGCAGAUUCUGUAGCUUAAUUAGCAGCAUCUGCAUAUCGUACUUACCGGCGAAUACAAUUUCAUUAUGAGCCUAUUUGUCUCGGUUUCAAGUCACCGUGCAUAAGCUGUUUUUGUAAUAAGUCUGAAAUUGUCUUUAAUAAGAAAAUGACUUAAAGUCAAAAGUUCA